AUGAGUCAGUCAUUAGAUGAAAUAUUGAAAGGUAUCAACGCCUCUCUACAGGCUACAGAUGCUGCUGUUACUGGUUUACACUCUAGAGUUGAAUCUCCAGAAUUACCUGUAUUAGUUACAGAUUUAUUAUCCAAAACCAAUCAACCAAUACCUGAAGGUGUUUCAUUAUUGGAUUUGAAAAACAAUGCUAUUCUAUCAUAUUUAAACAAUCUAGCUCUUAUAAUACUGGCAAGAGUCGAAAGUCUAAAGACAAAUAAUACUAAAGAAAUUGAUGAACAAAAAUUAAAAGCUGUUAAAGGUUCAAUAACUCAAAGAGUUGUUUUAGAAAGAGGUAUCAAAAAUUUAGAGAAAAAAUUAUCAUAUCAAUUGGAAAAAAUGAUUAGAAAUUAUAACAAGAUGGAAAAAGAUUCAAGUGAACAAGCUGUUAAUAAAAAAUUACAAGAUCAAGAAAAUCAAGAUGAUGAAGAUGAAAGUGAGGAUGCAGAUGAUAGUGAGGAGGAAAGCGACUCAGAAGAUGAAUUAAACUAUAAACCUGAUGCAUCAGCAUUAGUGAAAUCAUUACAAAAAGAUAAGAAAGCUAAAGAUUCUUCUAAGAGUGGUGAAAAAGUUGAGAAAUAUAAACCACCUAAAAUCGCUGCUACAUUACCUCCACAAGAAUUCAAAGAUAGUGGUAAAAGAACCAAAAAUGGUAGUAACAAGAUGCAAUCUAUGGAGGAAUAUUUGAUGGAAUCUGGUGAUGCUCCAAUGGUUGAAAAUUCUAUUGGUUCUACAAUCUUGAAUCAUGGUAGAGGUGGUGUUAAAACUACAAAAGAUCGUGAAAGAGAAGCUGAGAUUCAAAGAUAUGAAGAAUCUAAUUUCACAAGAUUGCCAACAUCGAUGUCCAAAAAGGAUAAAAGACAAAAAAGAAAACAAGAAUCUGAUACAUUCUUUGGUGAAGAUUGGGGGAUUUUCAGAAAUGAUAAAAAUGAUUUAAAUACUUCAAGAAAGGCAAAACCAAAAUCUGCAUGGGAUAGAGCUAAAAAGAGAAGAACUGAUUAAGACUUGUAUAGUUCUAACUUAAUUUUUAGUAUCAUUUAUGUUUUAAAUACCUGUAUCUGCAUAAACUCUGAUAACAUCCUUACACCUAGGGGAAAACGUCCACAAAAUCUUUGAGACAAUCGCAUGUUCUUUGAUUCAACUUCAACGAUCUUUUAG